AUGAGCAAUAAGCGCUUCACCGUCAACCCCUUCGAGGAGUUGACGCUGACAGACGAAGACCGCGCACAGCUCAUCGAUAUCGCCGAUGCUCUCGUGCUGGCCAAGGUUGAGGAGUAUGAAGAGUACCUUAACAGCGACAAGCAAGUGGAUCUCAACCGCUGGAAGAAGUUCACGAGCUCCGGCGCCACGACGACGUACCUCGAGCGGAAGAAGUCGAACCCGGAGUCCAAUAUGCCCGAGACGCUCAUGACUGGUCCUCUACCAGGUUCCCUGGACGAAAUCAUGUUCGGACUGAUCAGCCCAACACUUGAGGCCAUACGGAUCAAGGCGUCCUACUUGAACGACUUCAGCGCAGCAGCCGUGCUCGCCACCAUUAUCGAGCCAACACCGGACGAGCUUUUCCGGUCUGUACUGGUCAAAUGGAUGGAGAUCGAUAUUCCUGGAGCUUCCCUCGGGAUCGUACGCAACCGCGACUACGUGUACCUCGAGAGUUCAGGCGUCAUGCACACGAAGAGCGGCGAGCGCGUGGGCUACCACUUGUUCCACUCCGUCAACUUCCCCCAGACACACAAGCUUCCGAGUCGAAUCCGCGGCAACAUGUCGCUCUCUUGUAUCUUCCACCAAGAGGGGCCCGACAAGACUGACUGUCGCGGUACGGGCAUCAUGGACCCUGGAGGUGACAUGAUUCGCGUGAUGGCGGUGAUGGGGAUGGUCCAAGCGACGAUGGCGGGGCUCAAGUACUCGUAUUGUGGGCAGAUGAAGAAGCUCGCGUGGUUGUUAGAGCAGAAGCAUGCCGAGUUCAGGGAGAAGGGGGUCCCGGAGACGGGAUCUGAGUGCGUGACGUGCUCGAAGCACAUCAAGGCCUCGAGAUUCGGGAAGUCGAGCAGUUCGUGCAAGUUGUGCUUUGGUGCUCUGUGCGGAUCCUGCAAAGUGUCCAAGAAAUUGACCUUCAUUGCGCCGGAUUUAGAGCUCUCCCAGCGCAAAGUGAGUUUCUGCGUCAAGUGUUUGCUGGAAGCAACCAAGGUGGACACGCUGGAAGCUGCUCGUCAGCAGUUAGUCUUUAGGGAGAAUGUGCAGCUACGAAGCUAUGGGCUGUCGGUUGGAAGUUCAGGAUCAGAGGCUACGAUCACAUCGACUUAA